CGAGACGGUGACAUGAGUGCACGCGAUGGGAAGAGAAGGGCAUGCCACCAUAAGUAUCAGUGCGUUGCAGCAGCACACUCGCGAGAUGGCACGUGCUUCGGUACCGAGGGGGCAACGAGUUGUUUGAAAUCUGUUUGUUGCGCUGCCUUUUCCUUUCCGUCGCCAUGUCGUCUGCAGUCCACGAUUCAUCGUCUUCCGGAGGCGACUCACGGUCAUCAACCGGCGUGUAUCCUGCGAAGACUGAGGAGCCUGACCACAAUCCAGAGUCGCCUCACCCGUUGAUAGAAGAACAAGUCGCGUUGAAGGACUCGGAGCCUCUGUCGUCUGGAUUUACUCCUCCGGGCGUACACAACCCAAGCGCACGCAGCCUAGUCAGCAUGCGCGCGUACAACCGACCCGGCAGACCGCGCCGGAGCCGCCGCCGCAUGGUCUAUGGCCUGACGAUCGACAAACACGCCAUGCGCACGUUCAGCCUCGCGCACGACCCGCCGCGGCUGCCCCCCGCCGACCUCUCCGCCAACGCGUUGGAGGAGUGGUGGGUGUCGCGGACCCCGGCGCUGUGGAUUCACGUCACCACGUACUGCACCGCGGAGUUCGAGCUACCGGCGGUCAAUGGGCUGACCUUUGUGUGGGUUGGGGACGAGCGGGUGCCGGUGGUGCCUCUGGUUGAUAGCUGGGAGAUUGAGGGUGUUUGGAGGACUGCUGAGGUUCCGUCGGAUGAAGAGGUGGAGGUGGUGGCACGCCGCGCACGGCAACUGCCGCUCGCUUUCCGCAUUCGGAAGUUUAUGUUCGGUGUCAUAACGUGCCUUGUGUUUAUUGUCACGGCGCCGCUGGAAAACAGAGACUUAGCGAUGGCAUCUACGCAGAAAGAGAGCGUCUCCGCCGAGGUCCGUGAAAUCAUCGCGCACAUGCGAGAGCACCCGGAUCGGUAUCCAGACGCCACCAUCGCCCUCCUCCAAUCCACCAACGAGCAGGCGCUCGCCUACGAGGCACUCGCCGCCGCCCGCGCGCACCCGGAGACGCUCUCGACGACCACCGACGGCGCGCCCUACGCGGUCUCCGAGUACGAGCGCAUCAUGUACUACCACGCGCAGAGCGCCAAAGCCCCCGCGCUCCUCUACCGCUCCGACCUGCACGAGCGGCCGUACCCGCUGCCGCCCGCGUCGCCCCCGCCCCGCUGCCCGCGCCCGUUCGCCAAGCGGCGCACGGCGAUGGGCGGGGUGUGGAACGGCAACAAGGACCUGUACGCCGUGUGGGAUAAGAUGGCGGAGCGGGGGGUGAACUGGCUGACGAUCGAUCUGUUCUUCUACAACGAAGGCGGGGACGGGGAGGAGCUGGAGGGGGAGGACGAGGAGGCGAAGGGUAAAGUGAAGGAGGGUAUCACUACGAGGCCGGUCAUCAUGAUACACGUCCAUCCGGGGGGCGCGACGGCAGAGGCGGCACACGCGGCCAGCGAGGAGAUGUUGGCUGUGUGUGAGGCGAGGGGUGUCUCGCGCGGGGAGGUGGCGAUCGAGUGGCAGGAGGGGCAUGUGCGAAGGUGGGGAAGUCAUGGUACGAACUAUGUGGCGCUACAGAGGAGGCGUUGGGACUAGUCUGCACGCUUUGCAGAUGCUCUGAACCUCGUAGAUGUUGCUAGCACCAGAGGCGGUCGCGAGCUUUGUGGGCGUUCGCUGGCUUCAUGCGUGUGCGCUACAGGCGCGUUCGCUCUGCGUCGGUAAUUAUAAUAUGUCAGUCUUGUGAAGCAGAUAGAAGGCUACGUUACCUGG